AUGGUAGCCUCCUCACCCUUGUUGACGCUGGCUGAAAGGAAGGAAGGAGAAGAAGGCGAUGCUACAACGGUGGGAGGGGAGGAGAAGGCUGGUGGCGGAGGUAGCGGCACGCAGACGGGCGGGGGAGGUGAGGCAGCCGGCAGAAGAAGGGAGAAGGGAAGAAAGAGAGGAGGGAAAGAGGAUGAGGGAGGAAGGAAAAGAGGAGGGAGAGGGGGAAAAGGAAAGGGAGAAAAGAAAAUCUGGGGCAGUAUUCCUAGGGGUAUGCCAGAAAUAAAAGAAACAGAUCAACAAGUUUCUGGUGUGCAGGAUACCAAGAUGGAGAAACAAAGGAAACAGAUCAACAAGUUUCUGAUGAACUCCUCUAUUUAUAAAGGUCUUCAAGCUUUGGAUGCUCUUCUUAGUAGAAUAAAGAGGGCUCCACUUGUUCUUGUAGUCUUGUGA